UAAGUCUGGAAGGUCUGUGUCCAGUAGAUGGAGAGAAUGUGAAUCCAUUCUUUCAAGAUAUCUCUUGUCAGAGGGAAAUAUAUCAGCUAAUUUGUUUCUGCAACAAUCAUGAUGUUGGCUGCACAUGGAAGGAAAAGCUACAGAAUCUUGCGGUAAGUUUCUUCUUUAAAUAGAUUAAGUCAAACCUCUACCACUCUUUCAUUAUGGAAUUAGUCAUGUUUUAUGGAAGUGAAAGAACUAUCUGGAGCUGUCCUUCUUAAUCAGCUUCUGACCACCCAUUUAGGUCCCAUAUUUUCUGCACACUUUGUUGACAGUUAGGUUGUGCACAAGAUGAUUUCUGGAUGUAAAGUUGACAGUACGAGAUAGUUCAGAUUCAGUAACCUUACCUUUGCAUUAAUGGUAUUAUUUUAAUGACACACACAUCUAUACCUCCUUGUCACCUCUUACAUGUCGAUGUUAAUUGACAUUCUAGUUGAGUAUAUUUUCUUUUUCUUUAUUACUUUACAGGAACACCUAACCCAGUGUGAUUAUAGGAAACUUCCUUGUCCAAACUCAGGCUGUAACAUCCAGUUACUGGCACAAGAUCUUCAGGAGCACAUAGAAAAGAACUGUUUAUAUAAGAAGAUACCUUGUCAGUGGUGUGAAGUGCUAAUAACUGAAGCUGAACAAAAGGUGUGCUUUACAGAAAUGAAUCUUAUGCUUCAUGCAGAAUUAACUAAUGUUACCAGGGCAUAGCCAUCAUUGCAAAUCCCUUCUAGCUUGUGCAUUCAACUUGUGAAAUUUAUUUAAUUUACUCUUAAUUCUUCAUCCUCUCCAUUUUCAAUUCUUCUUCCAUUUUUCCCAUUUCUCAGCCAUCCUAAUUUCCUCCGAGAUUUAAGUACAUUUUUUUCACUUAUUUUUUAAAGCCAACUUAAUUUUAGGCUCCUUUGAGAAUAGUUUGAGAGAAACCAUGCUGUUAUCAUGUAUGGUAUUUUUGAUUAAGGUGAUUCCCUGGUUUUGCAUUGUGCACCUCUACUGCGUAUAACAUUGCAACAUCCAAGAUGGGGGCUGCUUUUAAAGGCGGUAUUGUAAAAAAAGACAACAGAGGCCGGUUUUGCAACAACAAAACACUAAAGCACAGAAAAUAUGUAUCAGAUAAAACGAAAAAUAGGUGGCCUGCUUAUAAAAAUCAAAAUUUUGAAACUUCAGUAAGCGAGACUGGAUUAUGCACAGACCACGAGACUACACAGCGGAAGUGAAUUUGUCACCUUCACCAAACAACUGCAGAAAAACAGGCAUGGUGACCCCCCAGUUUUAUUCCACGUAUUGAAAGAAAAUGCCAUCCUCCAUAAUAUAUCCAACUUUGAAGAUUUUUUCAUUUGUAGAUGUUCAAAUAUUCUUUUCGAAUAAUUGUUGCAAUGCGAUGUUAGGUGUUUUGCCUGAGGGAGGAGUACUGGUCGGCAGGUGGGCCUAUUACUUCACCACUUUGAUGUUUUUGAAAAUGUUUUAGUAGUUUACCACAACACUGUCGUGGGAUCAUAGGAGCAGAACAUUCUUUUCAAAUUCACUGGCUACUUUCUGGAAGUAGUGGGUACUUUACACUCUAGGAUAGGAUUUUCAAUUGCGGUAUCACAAGCUAACAGAGUUGUUUUUUAUCAUAGCCCAAAAACUCAAAAACUAGCAUGGUGACCCCAACUUUUUAUUUUAUAUUUUGGAUUAGCUUAGUGUAGUUAACAAUUGUGCAAAGUUAAAAAGAAAUACCAUUACACCUUCUUUUUUUAAGGAAAUCACUGUAAGGUUGUGACCAACAUCUAAUGGUAUUCUUGUCCACAUUUUGUCAGGAUCAUGAGGAGACCUGCACAAGGUUCCCACUGUCAUGUCCUGAAAGUUGUGGUGAAGUGAAUAUACCCCGUGAGUUAUUGGAUGAUCAUAUCCAGAAUCACUGUCCUUUAGCCCAGAUAGUUUGUCCAUAUAGUAUUUAUGGAUGCUCCUUUAAGGUGAGUCACGGAGACGCGUAAAAGGAACUUCAUGCUUUUAAUCUGCAUAAUAAAACUAUUUUGUGGGGAAAAGGUAGUACUUUUGCUUGUACUUUUUAAGUCAGGUUUAGUUUCACCACAAACGUGAACCUACAGGGCCAGUUAUUUAAACAAAGUUUAGACGUUAUUUAACCAAACCGUGUUCUAAUCUAUCUUGAAUUUAAAUGAAUCUUGUGAAGAGUUUGAAACAGUAAAAGGAAAUUUAUUUAAUGAAAACAGCUCUCUAAUAGUGGAAAGUAAGGCCCAUUGCUGCGUAAAACUGCGGUUUGGGUCAGACCUCGUGUAAUGGACCAGCCCAUAGCGUUUGAAAAGCUCAUUAAGUGUUGAAAAGAAAAACAAGACCUUAAAAGGAUUUCAAUGAAAAGGAAAAUUUGGUGAACCUUCAAUUCCAUUCUGCUGAUUAGAACCCCCUGUCUUUUUUAUCAUUUAGUCUAAAGGCUAUGCAGUCUCUCUUGUACAGAGAUGUGACAGAUCAACACCUCAUCAAGAGCACAUCAGCCAUAAACGUAGGAAAUCUCUUGAAUGCUUAUGCAUUCAGUGAUUUCCGGGCACUAAGGAUUUUGAAGGGUUAUGUUAUUAACCCUUUCACUCCCAAAAUCUCAUUAGUAAUUCUCCUUACUGACUGUCAUGAAAUUCUAACGAUUUUAAUUCAGAGAAUUUGGUAUUGUAUCAACUAAAAAUCCUCUAAUUUGAUGAAAUAAAAAUUCUCAUCACAUUCAUGUGAAGAGUGCACGCAUUUACGCGUAGUGCAUGAGGGAGAUCUCAUUUAUUUAUUUUUUGGUAAUACUUAAUUGGGCUGGCCCAGUUCAGCUGCAAGGUAGUGAAAUAUUUUUACUGCACGCGCGUAACUACACGCACCGAAAGUGUGUUUAACUCACGCACAUUACACGCACUUGACGCGCGCGUGAGAGUUUGUAGUACACGCGAGCGGCACUUGACUUAUGCAUGCAUCGUCGCCCAAUUAUGAUCGAGGUUUGCCUGCGCAGGCGUAAUUUUAGCGAGCGAGUGCUCAGUAUUUUCUAACGAAAAUUAUGCCCGCCAUCUUUGGUUUUAAUGGCAGCGGAAGGCUAGGGAGAGAAAGAAAUUUGUACCAAGAGAGCGGUCGUCGGUCAAAAAUCAGGAGAGGGUUAGGGGUGGGGAAGUGAAAUGAAAAAGACAGUGCCUCUGGUUUUUAAUUUAACUCAUUUUCAUAGGGUUACCUGCCCUUUUUACGGAAAUGCAGUGAAGCGCAACUAAUCAAGGGUUGUUUGGCAAUAUAACAGCCUCUUUGGGCAGGUGUCUUUUCGCCCUUCCCCCUCCCCCUACCCCCACCGUCCACUCUAACUCCAAAUCAAACGUGGCCAAGCGGAUAAACGAUCGCGAGCGUAUAACGUUAGCUCGCACUUAUAAGACGCCUGCACUGUAGGCUAGAACGAGGUAUUAUUUGUUUGAUGAUCUUGGAAUGAAAGAAUUCUGUUGAAUAUGAAAAUUACUAUUCUUAUGUUUUUUUUUCCUUCUUUUUUUUUUUUUUUUUUUUUUUUCUUGAUUGCAUCUAAGGGCCCCAGAAACGCCGUGGAAGAGCAUUGUUCACAGCAGACCAAAGAACACCUGGACUUUACGGCUAAAAGUUUUACUAGAUAUAAUGAAAAACUUUCAGAGAUGGAAAAAACAACUAGGACUUUAACAACGGAGAAGCUUAGUCUACAGACACAGCUUGACGAUCAAAGGGAAGCUCUAGCUAAUGCUGUGCGCGACAUGCGUGUUAUUACUACUAAAGUUGAUCAUAUUGAUCGGACCUUAUCCGAUCACAAGAACAGCUUGAGUGGAAUUCAGCAGAAGCUCGUCAGUUUAUCCAAUUUACCGUCCAUAGAACAGGUGUCGGCGCAGCUGGAGGAAUUUAGACAGGCAAUCCGAGAACAUGAAGUUUUAAUUACAAGCUUAAAACGGGAAGCGACAAGGGCUGUGGAUAACAGUAGGGUGGCAGCAGGGGCUGAGCACGGUGCUGCAGGGUCCAGUUCAUCGAGGCUCGAUAGACACGAGCAUCAGCUAGCAUUGCAUGAUAUCAAUCUCGCCGAACAAGAUAUUAAAAUUCAAAUGCUUGAGGCCACAUCCUAUGAAGGAAUGUAUAUUUGGAAAAUUGAUGUUUGGCCGAAAAGACUUCAAGAGGCGAAGAGCGGCAGGACGCCUUCCAUAUACAGUCCUCCGUUUUAUGUAGGUCGGUUUGGAUACAAAGUUUGUGCGAGAGCUUAUCCGAAUGGUGAUGGCAUUGGUAAAGACGAGUACAUGUCUCUGUUUUUUGUAGUUAUGAAAGGUGAAUACGACGCCUUAUUACCUUGGCCAUUUCACCAUAAGGUGACCUUCAGGCUGUUGGAUCAGGGGGGUUCAGCGGAUGUUACAGAUUCAUUCCGUCCUGAUCCUAAUAGUUCCAGUUUCAAGAAACCUACAUCAGAUAUGAACAUUGCGUCAGGCUGCCCGACCUUUGUAUCACAUCGCACCUUACGGACCCGGGGAUAUGCUCGGGAUGAUACGUUAUUUAUUAAGGUAACAGUAGACACGGGAGGUCAAGUUUACUGAAGACUAUGUCGUCUUUAAAUAGAUGUUCAUAUCAUCGUGAUCGACGCGUGAUACGAAAGGGCUAUCGGUAAUUAAAUGGCUACAAUUUCCAGUGAACCUCUGAAAAGCGAAAUAAUGGAAUGACAUCUGGAAAACGUGUUUCUAGAGAACAUUAUAAUAACUCGACAUGUAAUAAAUACUGUACAUUGUAGUCGCACUUUCGUCGCACUGUGGCGAAGACGUUUUAAAGACAGGAGGAAAAAUGAAACGUACAUGUUUCUCAUGAAUAAUCGAUGAUUGAUCAAAGAAUAAGAUUUCUCUCUCUUCCUCCCUCGAGAAUGUACCCUGGUUGCGGCUGGUUACGUCAUCAUGCAGAAUCUCCCAGAAUUUGGCAAAUUUCUGAAAGGAAACUAGUCGAGGGGGUCACUGGUAAAGUUUUGUCACCACUAGCUUAACAUGAAAGGCGAGAAUUUCUUGAUAAUGAAUAAUUUUUGCAUCGGAUCGACCUAUUUUAUCAUGCACGUAGUAGCAUUUAUGUGAUUUCAGUUUUCAUCACUUACACGUUGUGAAUCUUGAGAGUCAGUUUUGUAGAAAUAGAAGUACACGAAAUCGUCGUUUAUCGUUACGUUAUCUCAUAAAUUUGAGUUCUCAUUUUUUUAUGCGAGUUUCGAUGCAUAUAAAUAGUAUUUGUUCGCUAUUUUCUCGAUCUUAUUUGGAAUUUAUUCGCACCCUUAAUUUUAGUUCGCAUUGUUUUCCUUUAUUUACUUUCCACUGAAUCAUUAGGCAUAAGUCGUGGGACCAUGUUUGAAGUCGCUUGUGUACUUUCUUUGUUCGAGCGAUUCGGCCUCUUCCUCCCCAAACAGAGCUGAUUGGACCCGUCUCUAAGGCUUGAAGUCUGGUCGUAUAUAAAGGCAUUUGACGGGAAGGAACAACUGUCACCAACGACUUUCAAAGAUGUGUUUGAACACAUGGAGCCCGAGCUAUCUAUGAGAGGUUACUUAGUACUAUAUAGCUUUGUGUAUCCGCUCUGUGACUUUGUAAAUAAUAACGCAAAUAAAAUUUAACCUGCA